CCCUUCUAAAACGUGAUAAAUUGACAUUGAAGAUUAAUUUUAUUUCAAAGACACUUUUCAUUGAAAAAUAUUUUCAAGAUGUCCAAAAUUUAAAUUUCAUAAUUAAAGUAUUGCAACGGUCAAUGCCAUCACGAAUACCACUUCUUUUCUUGCUGGCUACUUUCACUUUCCGCUUUAUGCGAUCCAUUGAUAUCAUUUCAUUUGUCUUCGGUGUGUUGUUAACUUCUAAUUAGAAAUUCAAUCAUUUUCACAGUCAUUUACUAAAUUUUUUUAAAAGAAAAUGAAAACGAUGAUAGUGAUUUGUCUUUUCACCAUCUUCUGCUUAAUGUUAUCAGAGGCAUUACAGCCGAAAGCACCCAACUUUCAGUAUUUUGAAAGGCCAAAAUACCGUUAUCCUUACUACGACGAAAAUGGCAAUGGUCGGCUAUUGUAUGGAUAUGGUGAUGAUAAGUUGUACCAGUACAAAGUAUUUACUCCACUCGAAGGCAUUCAUUGAGGCCAUGUGAUUUUAUUGAAUUUGUGUUUGCUAGUCGAUUUCUAUAUUGUAGAUAUUAAAUUUUAUUUUUGUUAAUGAGACAUAUUUUUUUCUUAAAAUUAGCCCCAACUUAUACCAUGUGUUGUUCAAAAGAUCUGCUCUUCCGAAUUUGUCUAUAUGAUACGGAAAAAAUCCAAUUUGAGUUUUAUGCAAGGGGAAAAUCUUCGAAAGACAUCCGACAGGUUGUUUGGCGGCUGGAUAGUCUCGGAUUUGAGCGGAU